AUGGAGCGUCCUCACGCCCCCGAAGGUUGCGGCAACGGCAGCAAUGACCCAACCAGCAGCAGCAGCACGAACAGCAGCAGCACGAACAGCAGCAGCAGCAACAGCAGCAGCAGCAACAGCGAGUAUUACGUGCCUCCGCCAUGGGGAUUGACAAUUGCAGAGUAUAAAGCGAUGGGUGCGGCGUCUGUGGGGGGCUCUCCAGGGGGCGCUGGAGCAGCAGGAACAGCAGCAGCAGCAGCAGGAACAGCAGCAGCAGCAGCAGCAGCAGCAGCGCUGCCGCAUGCAGUGCUGCAGGUAGUACGACAGGGGCAGACUCUGCAGUCUUUUCGUCUGCAGCAAAAGCCUUUCUGGGUCAUCGGCAGCAGCCCUUUAGCAGAUAUUCAAUACCCUCAUCCCUGUGUCUCUAGACGCCACCUAGCACUUCAGUACAGCCGCACUCCACCCCACAGUUUGUAUGCAAUCGAUUUAAACUCUUCAUUUGGCUCCCGCUGCAACGGCUGCUGCCUCAAACCGAAGCAGCCGCUGCUGCUGCACGGACCUGGAGACCCUGCUGCUGCUGCUGAUGCUGCUGAUGCUGCUGCUGAGGACGCAUCCAGCAGCAGCAGCAGCAGCAGCAGCAGCAGCAGCAAGCCUUUGCUGUCAACAGAUGGAGAAGAUGCAAACGAAAGCUGCGUCUUUGUACUCGGAACUCCUGGGACAACCAACAGGCUCUUCGUAGUGGAUAUUGGCGCUGCUGCUGAGGCAGCAACCCUCGAAUCAAAGCAAGAGCCUGUUGCUGCUGCUGCUCCUGCUGCUGAUGCUGCUGCUGUUGCUGCUGCUAAAGGCAAGGCCAAAUUUAAAGCGGCAGCAGCAGCAGCUGCUGCCGCUGCAGCAAAAUCAGGCAAGCGACUGACAAGGGAGCAGCAGGAGGAGGCGCGAUUUGCACAGCUGCAGCAGCAGCAGCAGCAGCUUGAGGAGAAGGCUGCUGCUGCUGCUGCUGCUGGGGACGCCGCGGGCGCAGCAGCAGCGGAAGCAGCAGCAGAAGCAGCAGCAGCAGCAGCAGACGCGCUGCAGUGGCAGCUAGACAGCCGCAAGAGAAAGAAGGCUGAAGCUUUCUUUGCUGCUGCAUGCAGCUUCGAUGAGGACGACCCAUUCUUUGACCGUACAGCAGCAGCAGCAGCAGCAGCAAGUGAGGAGCAGCAGCAGCAGCAAAAACCUCUAGACGAGGCCUCUAUCAAAACAGCUAUUAAAACCCUGAGACAAGAAAUCACAGAGUUAGAGCAAAAGCAAACAAACGGCGCUGCUGCUGCUGCUGCGCCUGCUGCUGCACUGGGCCCCGCUGCUACUGCAGCAGCAGCAGCAACCAAUACAGCAGCAGCACCAGCAGCAUCACCACCACCAAAUGCAGCAGCAAAUGAAGAAGAAGAUUGUCUAGAUGCCUUUAUGCGGGAGACGCACGCAGCGCUGCAUGCAGAAGAGCAGCAGAAGCUGCAGCAGCAAAUCCAAGACAAGAAGCAGCAGCUAAGUGAAUACAAACGCCUCCUCAAGGUUAUGAAGGCCUAA